AUGAGUGCCAACACCACGACCGCGUUCACGACCAAGCUUCGCAAGAUCGACGGACCGGGCUACCGAGUCUGGGCGCGGCAACUCCAACUUUAUUUGGAGGUGAAGGACGUAUGGAGCGCGCAAGAGCGACCGCUGCACCAACUGGAGAUGCAGCAGAAGCUGGCCAUGACCAUCAUUCUGGCAGCGCUGACGGAUGAUCAAGCUGCGUUGGUGGCUGAUCUUCAGCACCCGAAGGCCAUGCUGGGGGCGCUGCAGAAGACGCAUCGUCACGUGUGUGACACAACCACGCGCCUGAUGCUUGCUGAGCUGGAGUGCUACAAGGUAGUUCUGACGGACGCGGAAAAGAAGAGCAACUUCCUGCAGAGCCUUGGACCUGACUGGAAUGGCUACAUUGCUGUGCGAGGUGAAGGGCAAGUGCUUCAACGGCGGGAAUAG